AUGGGACUCUAUCGUUGUCCUUAUAUUCUUAGAACUGGUAAAGUCUGUGGUCGAGGUUGUAAUCAACCAGAAGGAUGUAAACUUCAUCGAAAUUCUCCUACACGGAUUCCUUGUAAAGAAUAUGGUUGUGGUAAGCUAACUUAUUCUAAAUAUGGUGCAUGCCGGAAUCAUGCAAGCACGAACUAUAAACACUCCAUGUCUGUAAAGCAAAUUUCAGUCAUGUAG